AUGGAGCAAUUAAGUGCUCUCUCCUCGCAUGACCCGCGGUGCUUUGCCUCCAAGCCUCAGCCUCAGCCUCAACCUCAACCUCGACCAGAGACAACCUCUCAAUCCGCUGCAAGGCUCCUGUUCAAAGCACACUGGAAACUCAACACAGAAUCAGCCCGAGAGGAGCCCCGGUUACGGAGGCUACUCGGCCACAUAUCAGUCUACGAUCGAACGCGGACCUUUGCACAAGCACAAGUACAAGCAGAGUCACAGUCACAGACACAGCCAUCGGCAGAAACAAGACCGGAAGAAGAACCGAACGAGUUGUCUGUCUAUAUCCGACACCAAGUACCUUCGUUCAAGGAAUUUCAAGCCGCGCUCGAAGUCCAACUGGAAACAAUUGCACAAAUCAGAGCGGCGGCGGAGGCACAAUACAAGAACGCCGAGGAGUACAACAGUGACGAAGAAGAGGAAGAUGAUAGCGACUACGACAGCUGCGACGGAGAUUGGUCGGAUGAUGACGAGGACACCUCCGCCGAGAGCGACGACAGCAGUUGCACCGACUACGAGAGCGAGGGCCAACGGUCCGAAUGCUCGAGUCCCACAUUCGACUCGGCGCACGCCAAGUAUGACCAACUGCAGGAGGACGAGGACGAUGUCUGGGCCAUUCGCCCUCUGAUACCCCUCGUCAGCAAUCGCUCGGCAGACUCGGGAUAG